UCAAUCGCGUAGCUUAUCGCUCGCCAGAGCGAGAUAGACAUAGGACUUUGAUAUAGGUGAACUCACGCGCGUUUUUUGUUAUCAGCGUGAAAAAAUGUGCUCCACUAGUUAGUCGCUCGAUCGGCAGCUCGGAAGGUGGUGAUCUCUUCUACUAUCUCUAGGGAACGCUCUGUGAUAUUCGAAUAGUUUAGUAGUGUUGUGAUAAGAAGACCAGUAGUGAUUCGUAGGCUGCUCCCAAGGACUAGUAGUGUGUCGGACCUCCGUGGAUAAUAUGAAUGGCAUCUGAAGGGAAUUUGCAGGGUAGAUCCAGUGCACACGCCAACGAGAGCAGAAACCGGAAUCGUUUGCACGACACCCCCGUAAUGGUUCAAGUUCAACCACUGUUUCUACGCCGCCGAUGAUGUCUACCGUCUGACCAGCAACUAUUUGUUUUUACCCGAGUUUUCCCUGCUGCAUACACAUUCGUACUAGUGCGUGAAAGUUUUCAUCGACCAGCGUCUUUCCGAUAAGACGAUUGUCAACGUAACGAGUGAGCUAAGGUAUCCAAGCAGUCCGUGAGAAUUUGUGCGUGGAACGUGGAGAGAUCUCAGCCAGCACCGCCGAAAAAGUUACCGAAUAGCAGUUUUAGUUUAAGAAAGAAAUACAGAGCAGCAAAAUGGCACCCUCUGUCAAGACCGAGAAUCGAACCCGAGACGGACACGUUCUCGUGUGGGAACAAGCUGGUGUCGACGAUGAAACACCCCAGAAUCCACGGCGCUUCGGCACGCGGCACUAUGUCGUGUUCAUGCUGUUCCUCGGAAUGGCCAACGCGUACGUCAUGCGAACCAACAUGUCGGUGGCCAUCGUCGCCAUGGUGAACCAAACCGCGAUCGAACACGAAGCCGAGGUGUUCGACGACGAAUGUCCGGACACGGACUACGGUGACUCGGACAGCUCGGACAGCAGCAAGGAGGGGGAGUUCCUGUGGGGGACCAGCUUGCAGGGCUACAUUUUGUCGUCGUUCUUCUACGGAUAUGUGAUCACGCAGAUUCCGUUCGGACUGUUGGCCAAGCGGUACGGUGCGAUGAGGUUCCUCGGGUGGGGAAUGUUGAUCAACUCGGUGUUUGCCUUCCUGGUCCCAAUCGCUGCUCGCGAGGGUGGAGCCCCGUGGUUGAUUGUGGUUCGUUUCAUCCAAGGUUUGGGUGAGGGACCGAUUGUGCCCUGCACGCACGCCAUGCUCGCCAAGUGGAUUCCACCGAAUGAGCGAUCACGAGUUGGAUCGAUUGUGUACUCGGGUGCCCAGUUCGGAACGGUUAUUUCGAUGCCGCUGUCCGGUUUGCUGGCCGAUCACGGCUUCGACGGUGGCUGGCCGUCGAUCUUCUACGUGUUCGGCAUCAUCGGUACGGUGUGGUCCGUUGCCUUCCUGUGGACCUGCCAUGAGGACCCGAUCACGCACCCGACGAUCAAGGACGACGAACGCAAGUACAUCCAGCAGUCGCUGUGGGGCAAAGCCGGCGUGAACAUUCCUCCCAUUCCGUGGAAAUCCAUCGCGAAGUCGAUGCCAUUCUAUGCGAUUCUGUUGGCACAUUUGGGACAGAACUACGGCUACGAGACGCUGAUGACCGAGCUGCCCACGUACAUGAAGCAGGUUCUGCGAUUCUCGAUCAAGGCGAACGGAACCCUCUCCGCCCUUCCCUAUCUGGCGAUGUGGAUCUUCUCGAUCAUCGUUGGCUGGGUGGCCGAUUGGAUGUUGGUUUCGGGCCGCUUCACGCACACCAUCACCCGUAAGAUCUCGAACAGCAUCGGUCAGUACGGCCCGGCGAUUGCGCUCAUCAUCGCUUCCUACACCGGGUGCAACCGGGCCCUGACGGUGGCCAUCCUGACCAUCGGUGUCGGCUUCAACGGCGGUAUCUACGCCGGUUUCAAGAUCAAUCAUCUGGACCUCACUCCGCGCUACGCCGGCAUCCUGAUGGCUUUCACCAACUGCUCCGCUAAUUUAGCUGGCCUAUUAGCGCCGAUUGCAGCUGGUAACAUCAUCGAAGGCAAGCCUACAAUCGCACAGUGGCGAAUCGUGUUUGUGAUUGCCGCCUGCGUGUACCUCUUCACCGCAACCUUCUACAACAUCUUCGCGUCCGGCCAGCGGCAACCGUGGGACAAUCCGGACAAUGACGAACCUGAGAAGCAGGCCUCCAUCGAAGCUCCGGCUUACGAGAACGGCCACAGCAAUCUUGUCAACGGCACGAACGGCACGGCGGCGACGUAUCGGACGAACAACGUUGCCGAGCAGAGGCAGUAACUUUCCUUACGGGACGUUUCGUUUCGCUGAUGAAGGCUGUUGUAGGAUAGGAAUUCUCUCGGUUUAAGAAAGACACUAGACAGUAAUGUUUUCGAUACCGUAACUCACCCUAGACUCAACGAUCAGAAAUUCUCCUGACUCUUCACCACUAUCAUCCACUAGCCCCUAUUAUCCUUAUUUGAUUCUUUAGUCUAGACUAACCUCCAGAAAGGUUACUCUAUUUUGAUAUUCUUGUACAUGUUACAUGUUAUCUUUAUUAACGAGUGAUUUACUAGAUAAGUUUAUUAACACGAUUACCCGAUAUCGAUUGAUGAUUGGUGAGUGAUGGGUCCGCCCGGAUCAGAAAUUGGGCAACCGAGCACAAGACUUGAAGUAGGAGAAUACAAAAAGCCAACUGUCCUCCAUUUCCGGAGGGUAGGAACAUUUUUAUAAGCACUAGGCCGCACCAAUUCAAUUUUAAAACCUUUGAAACCAGAAUUAACUAUCAUCGUCGACCGUCAAUUCCACACAAAGUGCCAGCUAGCGAAGGUUGUGUCAUGCUUUACAGUAUGAGAUCGAAAACUGAUUAUUUUUGUUGUUAUUACAGAAAAAAAGCUCUAGCAAGUAUAUACAAUUUACUGUAUAGUCAAAUAUAUUAUAAAGGAAAAAAGAAGCGAAACAAUACAUCAUAUAUUUUCUACUUUGUACAUAUUAAAGCGAAUGCAAAGCGCGAAAGCCAGCUGUCGUCAUUCGUUCUCUUUUCGAGAUGAUAAUAAAAAAUGAUAAUAAUCAAACAAACACUGGUCGAGAUACCUAUGAAGCCAGCGUGAACCGAA